UAAUUUUUAAUAAAUUUAUGUGUUCCAGAUGCUCAAUAAAUGCAAAAAUGACUGAAAUUCUAGAAUUCCACGGCCCAGGGGAAGGGAGGAUUAAGGAGGUUCGUGUGAAGCCAGGAACCUAUUUAUCUAUCGGGAAAAUAAUUCUUCUCUACCAACAGGAUGGGAAGCAGAUUGUUCACAAGUUCAAGUCAGGUAAGGUUGGUAAGGUUGAAGAGAUACUUGUAAAAGCAAACGAAGAAUUGAAACCUGGAGCACAGAUUCUCAAAAUAACCGGAGGCUGCACUCAUCCAACAAUUAUGAAGGAUAUGUGUGCGGAAUGUGGAGCAGAUCUAAGAAAUGAGGAUACAAGAGAACCUAUGGCUGCCAGUGUAUCUAUGGUGCACUCAAUACCUGAAUUAAAGGUGUCUAACUCUGAGGCAGCAAGUCUAGGUCUGGAGGAUCAGAAAAGGUUGUUAAAGUCACGUAAACUGGUUCUUCUGGUAGACCUGGAUCAGACCCUGAUCCACACAACCAACGAUAAUAUUCCUCCAAAUAUAAAAGAUGUUUAUCACUUCCAACUCUACGGUUCAAGAUCACCCUGGUAUCAUACUAGAAUACGACCUCGGACCAAAGAGUUUCUGUCGAAUAUCUCUCAUCUUUACGAGUUUCAUAUUUGCACGUUCGGAGCUCGCCUGUACGCGCACACUAUAGCUGCAUACUUAGAUUUUUUCCCCAAUCUUCAAAAUAAAAUGUUAAAAUAGUUUUGUGAAAAUAACGUUUUGUAGACUGCAAAUAUGUCAGCUCUGUUCCCCUGUGGGGACAGUAUGGUCUGUAUCAUUGAUGACAGGGAGGAUGUAUGGAACUUUGCUCCUAACCUGGUUCAUGUUAAACCAUAUCAUUUCUUCCAACACACUGGAGAUAUCAACGCCCCACCUGGACUCUCUAAAAAGGAGAAUGAUGAGAAAGAGGGGAUUGAUUUUAACAAGUUAGAGACCAAGAAAAAGAACUGUUUGCCGAAGACUAAAGAGACUGUUCCUGAUAAAGAUGAAGAUUCAAGCAGUGAAGACGACCCAACAGAGGAAAAGACUGAUGUGCGCCGUGAGAGUAUUGAUAUGCCUAUGCUUGAUGAAUCUUCCAAUCAUGCCACUACAAAUGGAACUGUGACUAAGAAAAGCAAAGACGGAGAACAGAACAAAGACGGAGAACAGAGCAAAGAUGGAGAACAGAACAAAGACGGAGAACAGAACAAAGACGGAGAACAGAGCAAAGACGGAGAUAAGAGCAAAGACGUAGCCGUGAGCAAAGACAGAGAAAAGAGCAAUGAUGUAGCAGAGAGCAAAGACGUAGAAAAGAGUAAAGACGAUAAAAGCCUGGAAGAAAACACAGACGUAGAGAAGAGUAAGAAAGAUAAUUCUGUCGAGGAGGUUAAUCAUGAUCUUGAGAUGAGUGACAGUGAAGAUAGCAAGGACAGUAUGGGUAAACAGAUGUCUGAUGAAGAAGAAGAUUCAUCAAAGGAUUUACUCGACAUUGAGGACCCUGAUGACUAUCUUCAUUAUCUGGAAGAUAUCCUCAAAACUUGCCACAAGGCCUACUAUGACCUGUACGACCAGAUGCCUGGUGAAAGUGAAGUACCUGACCUUAAAACUGUUAUUCCAUAUGUCAAGCGGAAAGUUCUCCAGGGAAUGUCCCUGGUUUUCUCUGGCAUAGUUCCAACACAAGUACCUUUAGAGAAAUCCAAACCAUUCCUGCUCGCUAAAUCAUUAGGAGCUAGCGUGUACCCAAACCUAAACAGUAAAACAACUCACCUGGUGGCAGCUAGGCUGGGAACUGCUAAGAUAAAUGAUGCAAAGAAGAAGGGUGAUGUAUGUAUUGUAACCCCGGACUGGCUUUGGGCAUGCGCAGAACGAUGGGAGAGAGUGGACGAGAGAUUAUUUCCUCUUGGUAAGAGCAGUAAUGUGACGCGGCAACCUCCAGCUCACUGCUCAAGUCCUGAGAUUGCUUUUUCGGAGAGAUGCAAGGAUAUAGACUUGGAAAAUCCAGUAUUCCAACGGUUGCCGAGUGUAUCAGAAACUGUCUCUGAUCCCUUCCUGGCGUUUUCUACCGAGGAUAUUGAAGGAAUGGAUCGGGAAGUCGAGGAUAUUCUUUCAGGAGAAUCUGACUCAGAAAAGGGAAGUGGUCCGGAGGACGAUGAGCCUCAGGACGAGGACGAAGUGGAGAUGAGACCGUCCUCUAGCACUAGUGAGGACAGUUUUACAGAAGACGUCCCUAGAGGACACAAGAGAAAAUCCGGAGAUUUGGAUUAUGAUCAGGAUGAGGACAGCAACUGCGAAGCACCCUUGAUGAAGUUUCAGCGGGGGGAGAAGGUUCCCAGCGAUUUCGAGGUUGAGGAGCAGAGUGAUGAUGAUGAUGAAGAUAUCGGAGGUCAGGAGGAUUGGAGCCUUAUGGGAGCCGAUCUAGAGAGGGAGCUGGACAAAUAAGAAGCGCCGAUACGAUAAAUAGCUUUAGCUUUGCGUGAAAAGCUUCAUCUUAAACCGUCCACCGAUAAAACUUGUAUUUGUAGGCGUAAAUUCUCCAGAUUUUAACUAAUACCUUACUUAGAAGAACUAACUAACUUCAUUUUGGUUAAAGGGGACAUUUUUAAGCAUUUUUUAAAGGGGUUUAAGUGUUUUUUUAUUUGUAGCUUUUUCCUGAAACCAGUGUUUGUUGUUUAAUCGAAAACGGGUGAUAUAUACUAAAAUAUAUCUUAUGAAUUCCUUCCUUCACUUUUUCUUUCAUGCAUUUUUGGAAACGGUUUCCAAAGUCUUUCUUCGGAUAUUAAUUUGGAUUUAAAAAAGACAAUUGAUAUUAUACUUAUUAUGAAUAAUUCCCCCGAAUCUUAUUGAUGUUGAAUAUUGAUUUGCUUCAUUUGACGUCCAAACGAUCCCUCCGACGAUCCCUCCAAACGAUCCCUCCAAACGAUCCCUCCGACGGAAAUUUAAAAAGCUUGAUUUUAUGAAACGAACUCGGAAAUAUAAUCGAUGCUACAA